GCGCAGCGCCAGUAGCUGCGCGAGAGCAGCACCCGAAAAGCUCGGCGCGCGCGCGCGGAGACUCGGGAGCUUGCGGAGCUCGCACAUCCUCCGGCGCUCCAGCCUGCAGCGAAGAGUCGGCCCGAGGAGCUGAGGUGAGAGAAGCUGCGAGUUGAUCUGGGAAUCGAUCUCGGCCGGGAGGCCGCGGCAGCGGUUUACGUAACCGCACGCGACUGGAGAGCGGCCAAGCAGAGGCCAGGAAGAGGCGAGAUAGAGGCCAGGAAGGGGCCACCGCGGCCAUCCCUCGCGACGAGCUCAUACAGGAGAGAGCCGUCGGUACUUGUGCAUGCGCGUGCACUUGGUACAUGUACUCUGCAGCAUAAACAGAUCGAGCGAGAGUGGGGGCAACUGCGCUGCAGAGAGCUCCGGCGACAUCUUCGCGCGCGACGGCAAAUGAGUCGCGAAGGAGGCAGCGGGCGAGAGGCAAUGGCACUGCUAGCGGAGGCCGAGGCGGCGACAGCGGCGGCGGCGGCGGCGGCGGCGGCAAUUUCGCGGCCAAGAGCAUCAUCAGCAACAGCCGCUAGUCAAGUGACCCGAAGACUCGCCGAGGCAGAGCUGCUGCGCGGCGUUCUCCUUCUCAGCUGUACGCAUUGAUAUUUAGGCAGCGGCCCUCGCAGAGCCUGGGAAUAGGGAGAUCGGGAGGAUCUCGGAGGGGCCGCGGAGCGGAGAUGCAGGCGAGGGGGCUCCGGCCGGGCCGGCUGCUGCCGCUGCUCGGCCUCGCCCUGGCCGUCCUCGCGGGACUGAUGCAGGCGGGAGCCGAGCGGCGGGGCGCGCGCGGCAGCCUCAAAGACCUCCAGCUGCUGCUGAAGAGCAAGCCCGCCGGCAGCCCGACUCUCGGCCAGUGCGACUUCGACAGAGUCUGCGACUGGUUCUGGAACGCGACGGACGGGAGCUUCCAGCUGGUGAAGCCGCCGCUGCCGACGCAGCUGGGGCCCAGCACCGACGCCAGCAGGCGGCCCGACGGCAAGUUCCUCUACAUGCCCGGCCCGGGCGUCGGCCAGCUGGCCUCGAGAGUGAUCCCGCGCACCGGCUCCAACUGCUACCUCGAGGUCGCGCUCUACCAGGUGGCGAUGAAGCGGGGCACGAUAAACCUCGUCAUCGAGACCUUCAACAAGACCUCCUACCUGGCGAGCAUGCGCUCGGGCAACGACAACGCGACCUGGGAGAGGAGCAAGUUCCACCUGGGCAGCCUCAACCAGGAGUUCAGCAUAAUCCUGGAGAUGCAGGCGCCCUUCGACAACUCGAGCAUCGCCGUCGACGACAUAGACCUGGUCAACUGCUUCCCGGAGUCGCGCAGCUACGAGUGCACCGAGAGCAUGUUCCGCUGCAACAACGGCUCCUGCCUGAAGCGCGAGCACGUCUGCGACCUGACGGCCGACUGCGCCGACGGCGAGGACGAGACCGGCGACUGCGACAAAGUGCCGGAGCACGCCAAGUGUAACUUUGAGGGCGGCUGGUGCGGCUGGUCGAACGUGAGGGGCCGGCCGUUGAACUGGACGCUGCACCAGGGCCCGAUGCCGAGCGAGAGGAUGGGCCCCGUGGCCGACCACACCUACCGAAACGGCACAGGGACCUACGCCUACGUGGACAUGUCGAAGACGGACCUGCAGCUGGGCAGCCGAGCGACCAUCAACAGCCCGAUCUUCAACCCGACGCCGCCGUACAACCACCAGCCCGGCAGCCCCUACAAGAACUCGUGCAAGGUGCGCUUCUUCUACCACCAGUACGGCUCGCACACGGUCCCCCUGGGCCUGUACCUCGUGCAGCUCAAGCCCCAGCAGAACUACAGCCAGCAGAUCUGGCGAUACGUCAAGGACAACAGCGACUCCUGGAACAGCCAGCUGGUCACUCUGCCCGACGUGCGCUACAGGUACUACCUGCAGUUCGAGGCGAGCAAGAGCUACGCCUCCAAGGCGGUCGUCGCCAUCGACGACAUCUCCCUCAGUCCCGAGUGCUUUGGCGUCGGCGUACCGGCCGACAUUCUCGCCGACUUCAACUACUACGACCAGAAGAUUCCGCCGGAGGGCAGCGUUCCGCCGAAGCACGCCGACUUCACCAACAAGACGAUUGUCCGAGUGAGCAGCUGCGGCCAGACGGGCAGAAUCGGCCCGACGCCCGAGCAGUGCGUCGACCAGCAGAACGGCUCGGACGCGCUGGUCGAGGUGCUGUCGGGCACGUCGACGGACGAGGGCGACGCCUCGCUGCGCUUCAAGGGCAUUCAGCGCUGGAUCGCGCCCAGCGGUGGCUACUACACGAUCAUCGCGAUGGGCGCCCGCGGCGGGGCCGGAGCUCUCUCGAUGGGCGUCACGAUGGGCGCGAUGGUGCGCGGCGUCAUCGAGCUCGAGAAGGGCCAGCAGCUCUACUUCAUGGUGGGCCAGCCCGGCACGGACGCCUGUCCCAAGAGCCUGGGCGCCAAGAACGACACGUGCUCGCAGCCGGGCGGCCGGAACGCCAGCAACGAGUACGUCUCCAUCAUGAAGCAGGUGAAGAACAUCGAGUUCCGAGACGGGGGAGGCGGGGGCGGCGGAGCCACUUACAUCUUCACCCUGAAGCCGAACGGCGAGCAGCAGCCUCUGCUGAUCGCCGGGGGCGGCGGAGGACUCGGGCCGACGCAGUUCCGCGACGACGGCGUCCAGCACGCCAAGGGCGCGACUCCGCCCGACAGGGCUCCCUACAACGGCGUGUCCUUCAAGAAGAAUGCCGGUGGAGGCGGCGGCUGGAUAGCCUCGUCGGCGAACGAGACUAGUCACGGGCCGAACGGCAUGGCGCUGACCAAGGGCGGCAUCGGCGGCAUCGGCUGCGGCCCGAACAACGACAAGGGCCACGGCGACGGGGGCUUCGGCGGCGGGGGCGGCGGCUGCCUCUCCGGCGGCGGCGGGGGCGGAUACGCAGGCGGGGACACCGGCCAGGUCGAGUCGGGCAACGGCGAGGGCGGCUACUCGUUCGCCUCGGCGGACCUGCUCCACGUCUCCUUCGCGGAGAAGGCCAACGCCGGGCCCGGCGAGGUUCUCAUCAUCCCGGCGAUAAGCGGCUGCGGCUGCGACUUUCGCUGCGUCGUCGUCGACAGGCACCUCAGCGAGACGCACUGCCUCUGCCCGGCGGGAUGGCAGCUCGGCAACGACAGCAAGGCCUGCGUCACAGUGAGCGAGCCGGACCCGCGCCACCAGACCGUCAUGGUCGUCCUCAUAAUCGUGAGCAUCGGCCUGAUCAUCGCCUUCUCCGGACUCUGCUUUCUGCUAUACAACCGCUACCAGAACCGCAAGGAGCUCGAGAGGAGGCGCCAGGUGAUGUUCGGCAACGGCACCGAGCUCACCUCUCUGCGCGUCGUCUCCGACAGCAUGAUGACCGAGUUCAACCCCAACUACGAGUUUGCCGGAAACCUCUACAGCUUCAAGGACCUGCCCCAGAUACCGCGGGACAGCGUCACCCUCGUCAAACCCCUGGGCCAGGGCGCGUUCGGUGAAGUCUUCCAAGGCGUCUACAAGUACAGCCGCAGCGAGGAGCACCCGGUGGCCGUGAAGACCCUGCCAUCGGUCUCGACGUCCCAGGCCGAGGCGGACUUUAUGAUGGAGGCGCUGAUAAUGAGCAAGUUCGAGCACCCGAACAUCGUGCAGUUCAUCGGCAUAUCCUUCGACAAGCACCCGCGCUACAUCGUUCUCGAGCUGCUCGCCGGCGGCGACCUGAAGAACUUUCUGCGCGAGGAGCGGCCCCGACCGGACCGUCCGACGACGCUGACCAUGCAGAGCCUCAUUAUGUGCGCGUACGACGUGGCGAAGGGCUGCAAGUACAUGGAGGAGGCGCGCUUCAUCCACCGGGACAUCGCGGCGCGCAACUGCCUGCUCAGCUGCAAGGGUCCCGGCCGAGUCGUCAAAAUCGCGGACUUUGGCAUGGCCCGGGACAUUUACCGGAGCGACUACUACCGCAAGGGCGGCAAGGCCAUGCUGCCCAUCAAGUGGAUGCCGCCCGAGAGCUUCCUCGACGGCAUCUUCACCACCAAGACUGACGUCUGGGCGUUCGGCGUGCUGCUCUGGGAGAUCAUGUCCUUCGGCUACAUGCCCUACACGGGCUGCGCGAAUCGCGAGGUCAUGUCGAUGGUCACGAGCGGCGGCAGGCUGGAGAGGCCCGCGGGCUGUCCCGACCCGAUCUACGGCAUAAUGACGCGCUGCUGGCACCCGCACCCGGAGGAGCGGCCGAGCUUCAGCAGCAUCGUCGAGCGGAUAGGCUACUGCUUGCAGGACCCGGACGUGAUAAAUCACCCGACGCCGAACUACGACCUCCUGCCGAUUUGCGAGCGGGAAAUCACGAUCAUGAGGCCCGACCCCGAGACCGAGUGCAUAAACGUGCAGGCAGACAGCGUAUGCCAUUCUGCGCAGCUGGACGGCUGCGGCUACGUGCAGCCGCGGCUCAACCUCCGCCCGGCCAAGUACCGGAUCGGACAGCCAGCCGGCAUCGUGUACGCCUCGCUGAGGCACGGCUCGGAGGAUCGCGAGAACCGCAACGGGCCCCAGCAGCCGCAGGCCAGCCCCGAAGGCUCGCCGGCCCGCGAGCACGAGCUCGACGACGUCUGCGACAACAGGGAGCAGUGCCAGCGGCUCGAGGAGGCCGCCGAGCCCAACGCGAACCCGCGCGACGGCGGCGACGAGAAGCCGGCGGCGGAGCAGGGAGAGGCUCGCGGCCAGAACGGCAACAACGGCGAGAGCACCACGACCACCGACACCAACAGCGACUCGAUAUUCAUGCCCUCCUCGAGGACGCCGCCGGACACGGCCUCCUCCUCGCCCAACACGCGCACCUCCUCGCCGAACCACGCGGCCGGCGGACCCCUGGACAACGGCAACAGCGGCAACAGCGGCAAUCCCAACAACAACGUCAACGGCGUCAUCCGCAAGAGCGCGCUCAAGGCCGCGCUGAGCCUCGACCCCAGCGCCCUGUGCCGGGGCGCGAUACCCUACGAGAAGAUGGCCUUCUCGCCGCCCAAGCCGCGGCUCAGCAAUCCCGGCAGCGCGGAGCUCGCGAGGAAGCCGGUGAACGAUGUUCCCAGGACUCGCUGAGCAGUCACGGGCUGCCGCGCGAGGAGGAGUGCUCCUGCUGAGAGUCGCACGGCGGGGCCUGACGCUCCCCGGCUGCGUCGGACACCGAGACCGAGACCGAGACCGAGGCCGAGGCCGAGGCCGAGACUGCCUACCCCGGCGACUACUGCCCGCGCAGCCCCCGGCGCUCGGCCACAAUGCCCGCGAUCCGCUACGCGGCCGUCGCCACCUCGCCGAGAUCGCGCCGCUCCGAGCAGUCCUCCGAGGAGACGCUCAUCUGACCCUGCGAGAAUGCGAUCUGUGCAGGACCCCGUGCAGGACGAUGAGUCAUCGACCAAAGACUCGUGCGCGAGUCUGCUGGAAAGGGAAAGCAGUUACGAGAAGAGAUAGACCCUCUUGUCAACGAAUUCACAUAAGCUAUAUAUCCAGUGCAUCUAUCCAGCCAUCUUCUAAUCUCUGUAAGACAACUGUUUGUACACAGGUAACAAGAUUUUUCAUCUACGAUAUCUCGCUGUGCGCGUAUCCGCAAUUGGGUAAGAUACGCCGACGGCUCCCAUGUAGCACAGAGGCAUAACGAUCACAGUUGGGAUUUCACAUUUUUCUAUAAUCCUGUACACUGUAUACAUAGCUAUAUGUAGGAUAUACACUUUUGUUAAGGCAGAACCGCACACGCGGAUGAGUAUACUUAUAGGACAACGACUUGCUCGCAAUGCCGCCAAAGCCAAAGCCAUGUACGAAGACCGCCGAUCCUUUCAUGUUCAUCUCGUAAUGGAAAUUACAGCAAGCAUUCCCUCUCCUACUAUAAACCUGAUGUUCGUUUACGAUACGGUGCGUAUCUUACACGUAACAGCGUAUAUAUUUUUGAUUGCCAAGCAAGCGCAUCGGACCUCAUGCGCGACGCGAGUCGCGAUUCUCUGCAAUAACAUGCGUAGUCAACCCAAGUAACAGCUGUAGAACAAACAUUCAUCCAUAUACGGUCUGCAGCGUAUCGACACGCUUGUUGUAUUGAGCCGAGCUGCAACUGCGGAAAUAAUGCAUUGCUCUCGUGUGCGGGCGGUCUCAACGCAGGCCAAAUAGCAAACUAAGCCAAAUAAGUAGUGCAGCGGUGCCAAUGUUAGGUGGUGUCGAGCUGCAGAGGUUCCGACUCCCCGUUUGCCGUCUGCUGGUUGGAGGCAAAGCUGCGUGCCAGCAUAGUCUUUAUAUACGCGAAAAUAUUUUUUUUAAAUAUCACCUAGUAUCUCCGUUACCUUAACCGACAAAAGUAUUAUAUUGAAGAAACUCGUCGAGUCGAGUUGCUGUGGAAGAGUUACGUUUUUGCGCAGGACGACAGGGUUUUAGCGAGUUGCGAGGAAAAAAUGGUAAAUCAGAAAAGCGCGAUGCUCUUUUUCAAGUUUGGAAGAAUAAUUUAGGCUCGAUCGCGAUGAAUGAAUUAACUUCCCUUGCGUUCUCAUUCAUGAUAGAGGGUCUGCAGCUAGUUAACGCCGCUGCUGAGGGAGUGGACCUGAAAAACGCUUUGAAAAGGGAAAAGACGCAAAAAAGUAGAGUAUAAAUUACAAAAAUACGUGUGAGGCGGUGAGCUCAAACCGUUUAUAAUGGAGGCAUCGAAGUAACUCGGGUUAGUUUUAAUAAGCAGUAUAUUUACCCGCAUAAGUACCUCUUUGUAUUACACAUUUUAAUCGGUGAUUAUAUACACGUGUAUAAAAUAUAUAACAUUAUACGCAUAUACAUAUGCAUAUAAAUAUAUAAAAUUAUGUAAUGUGAGGGAACGGAAACUCACAGACCUCAUUUAAGGUGUACAAAAUCGUAAGAAAGAACAAAGCUACAAGAAAUAAACAAAUGAUAUUGUAAGGUUUUUA